AAUCCCGAGUGAGUGUCAUGGACCGCAAUCCGUCGCCGCCGCCACCGAGCCAGGAUGGCGAGGAGGAUGGGGUGGCUGGCGGAGACUGCAUAGGGAGCACAGUCUACAGCAAGCACUGGCUCUUCGGCGUCCUCAGCGGGCUCAUCCAGAUUGUCAGCCCAGAAAGCAGCAGGUCUGGCUCCGAUGAUGAGGACCCGCAGGUGGAGCUUGAUGAGGAAGUGGAGAAUGACAUCUGCCGAGUGUGGGAUAUGUCCAUGGAUGAGGAUGUGGCUUUAUUUCUCCAAGAAUUUAAAGCUCCUGACAUAUUCAUGGGAGUACUGGCCAAGUCCAAGUGUCCUCGGUUAAGAGAAAUUUGUGUGGGAAUUUUGGGUAAUAUGGCCUGUUUCCAGGAGAUAUGUGUGUCCAUCAGCAGUGAUCAAAAUCUUGGGCAGGUGUUACUGAACUGUUUGUAUGAUUCAGACCCUCCUACUUUGCUGGAAACAAGCAGGUUGUUGCUUACUUGCCUUUCCCAGACAGAAGUGGCCAGUGUCUGGGUUGAAAGGAUCCGGGAACAUCCAGCUAUUUAUGAUAGCAUUUGCUUCAUCAUGUCAAGUUCAACAAAUGUUGACUUGCUGGUGAAGGUGGGAGAGGUUGUGGACAAACUCUUUGAUUUGGAUGAGAAAUUGAUGUUGGAAUGGAUUAAAAAUGCACCUGUCCAACCUUCAGACCAAGUCCAAGAAAAUUCUGAAGAGCAGCCUGUGUAUAGGAUUGUGCCCUGUGUGCUUGAAGCUGCCAAGCAAGUGUGUUCUGAAAAUCCAGAAUGGCUGGAUGUUUACAUGCAUAUUUUACAGUUGCUUACCACAGUGGAUGAUGGAAUUCAAGCAAUUGUACAGUGUCCUAAUACUAGAAAAGACACUUGGAAUUUACUUUUUGACCUGGUCUGCCAUGAAUUCUGUCAGUCUGAUGACCCACCCAUCAUAUUGCAAGAGCAGAAAACCGUGCUCGCCUCUGCGUUUUCAGUAUUGUCUUCCAUCCACGCGUCACAGGCCGAGCACGAAGAUGUCAGUGGGGGCAAGGUGGAUCUUCUUCUAAUUGACAGUCUGAUUCGGGUCUUGGAAAAUACGGAACAUUGUCAAAAGAAACCAGAGAAUUCCACCGUGUCUAACACAGAAGAAACUAAAAAGACUGAAUUAACACAAGAUGAUUUCCACUUGAAAAUCUUAAAGGAUAUUUCAUGUGAAUUUCUUUCUAAUAUUUUUCAGAAAUUAACAAAGGAGACUGUGGCUCAGGGCAUAAAGGAGGGUCAGUUAAGCCAGCAGAAGUGUUCCUGUGCCUUUCAAUACCUCCUUCCUCUGUACAGCUCUGUGGUGGAAGACUUUAUCAAAAUACUUCAUGAAGUUGAUAAGGCCCUUGCUGAUUACUUGGAGGAACAUUUCCCGAGUUUGAAGGUGCAGACUUAAAAACCAAUUGAAUUUCUUCUGUCCAAGAAACAGACUUUAUUUUCUUCACAGAGGAUAUUGACAUAUAGAAACUAUUAAAUAAAACCUAUGUUAGAACAU